CCGGAGCAACGGAGCAACCUGGAGCAACUUGGAGCAGCAGGCGUGAAGGGAAGGCGUGGUGCAGGAGUGGCAGAGCAGCGGACAGAGUGUGCCGGAGCAACGGAGCAACUUGGAGCAGCAGGCGUGAAGAAAAGGCGUGGCGCAGGAGUGGCAGAGCAGCGGACACAGUGUGCACUCAAGGGGACAGUCGCUGCAGCAACGCAGGGAUCACCAGUGGCUGCAGCAACGCAAGGAUGAUGGCAAGCACUCACCAAGUUGUGGGUGGUUCAGAUCAAGUAGCACACCACUUCUCCCUUCACCACUUACCUACUUUUUAUGUGCCAAGCACUAAGUCCUGCUAUCCAGUACCAGCAGUAUGGGCAUCAGCGGUGGCAGCAGCACCAGCAGUGGUGGCAGCAGUGGUUGCAGCAGUGGUGGCAGCAUCAAAGGCCACUGCAGUGGGUGCGGCUCCAGCAAUGGAAGG